GUAUUGAAGAUUUAAGUUUUAACAAUGAACUACUAUUCGAACCAAUUUAUUCGGUUUAGACUUUGAUUCACUAUUCGAACCAAUUAAAGAUCAAACUUCGGUAUUGAAGAUCAGACUUUGAUUCACUAUUCGAACCAAUUUAUUCGGUUUAGAUAAACUGCUCCCGUUUGAAAUAAAAAACUCCUUUUUUUUAUGUUCAUUUAUUUUCUACACUUGAAUGAAUUCACUGUCAAAUUUCAAAAGAAGAGAACUUUGAUCUCUUAUGCAUUCAUUCUAAGUGUAGAAAAUAACUAAGAUGAAAACUUUCAUCAUACUAUGGAUUCAGGUGUAGAAAGCUCAGAGAUGAGAGAUGCUGUAGAUAAGCUGGAGAAAGCAAGGACAAAGAUUCUGGAGGUCAAAGGUUGGCAAGUGAGUCAGCUACAAUGGACUUUACGUUUCAGAGACAGAGGUGGUGAGGAUUCGUUGGAGCAUGAAGCUUUUCUUGCCAUGUGGCUUUCGGUUUUGGUGUUUCCAGAUAUGUCUCGCCCCUCUAUUUCAAGACAUGUGUUGCCAGUUGCUGUUCGUUUAGCUAGAGGUGAAAGGAUUGCUCUUGUUACUGCUGUUCUCGUGGGUGUAUACAGAGAUUUGAGUCUAAUCAGUGGCUUUGAGAGAGGAGACUGUGAUGGAAAACUUAAUUCUAAGUCUCUGUUGAAGUUAGUUCAAGUAUGGACUUGGGAGAGGUUCAAGAACGUGGGACCAAAAGCUAAAGAGAUAUACCUAAAGGCGAGCCAAGACUCUCUCGGUGGGACGGUUUGCAGAAGAAUUCGUAUAUGAGAAUGUGAGAUUGAGUGGCGUCCUUAUACUAAAACAUUACAGAACUGGAACCCUCUUCGGUUUUACGUUGAGGAAGCUAUGUGGGUGACUGUUGAUAACAAUCUUGAUAAAGAGUUCGUUGCGUUUGCUAUUCUCAGCAUGGGAUAAUUACAAUAAGUCUGGUGUAAUGCCUUCUCGUCUUGCUUCAGGUUCUGUCACUACUACAAGAUACCUAGACUGGAUGUCAAAAUCAGUUUCAUUGUUUCUUGUCUUUGGGGAGUUAAAUGAAACUUGUAACGCAAGCAAUACUGUUGAUGAUGCACUUCUUCAGAAGUUGGGAUAAGGGUUCCCUGCAGAAUUCAAACGAUCUAGAAAACUUAGAAUAGCGAGAGAUAUGGGAUCUGACUGUGGUGCAUCAGUUUCAAUACAAGUGCCACUUAGUGAGUUGUUUCACAAAGAGUUAGCGAAGAAGACAAGUGAGGAUUUGAGAGACAAACCUGUGUUGAUGAAGUUGAUGUAAAAGGAAGUAAUAAUCUAGAGAAAGAAGAAGACUCCGGUCGAAGAUGUAGGAGACGCUUCUGAAUCACUUGGAAGGAGGAGAGAUAAGGAGGUUUAACAAUGAUUCAAGAAUUUGUCAAGAGCUUGCUUCUGCAGAUAAUGAAUCUGUACCACCACAAGAUAUAGAGCCACAGACUGAAGAGAAUGAUGAAGAAGAAACUGGUCUGAUCCCAUGCAUGUGUUGAUGACACUGUUGUGCCACCACCAGAGGCAAGACAAACCUGAGCUGAUGAUGUAAAUUGUAAAGGGAGGAAACAAUCCAGAGAUGAAGAAGACUACGGUUGAUGAAGGAACCAAGGAAGCAGAGUGUUUGCUCCAUGGAGAUGGAGAAAACCAGAGAAAUUGGAUAACCAAAAAAAAACCACAUCCAAACUGGAGUUUUUGCUUCACCUAAUUGUGUCUAAACCUUACGAUCUGAAAGAAGACAACAAUGCCUAAUGUCACUCCUUUACAUAAGCUUGUGAACGUUAACUUUAGAUUUAUGAUGUUAUGUGUGUGUAUUUAGUUUAGUAUCUGAAAUGUCAUUAAUGGUUGAAAUGGAUAAAUGACUAAAUGUAUUAGAAAUAUCUAGUGAACAAACGGAUAAAUAUAUAAUUUAUUGAUGAGAGCCCUUUUAUUAAUCACUUUCCUUUUCAAGUUACCUUAAAAAGGAAACUGUUGCACUCCUCUGCUACUCUGCAACAUCACAAAAAAAGACAGAGAGAGAAAAAGGAACAAAACUUUCUCUUCCAUCUUCAUCUUCGUUUCCUUGUGAAAAGAACCCAUUUUUAUCAAAAACCCUGUUUCACCACUUCCAUGGAUGAAAAGCUUCCUCGUCCCAACCGUUCAGAACCAUCACCUCCGGACCUAAAGGCUCUGUCUUUGAGCGUUUCCUUCAAUGGGUGGAGAGAGGCGAACUCAUCAUUCAAGUCUUGGGCUACAAAAAUGUCACUUUUGCACAGACCCUCAUGGAGAAAAGCUGGAAUCUUCGAAGCGGUCAUGGCAUCUACCAAAGACUUCAACAAAAACACAGAUCUCCUUCUUGGUAUUGCUGAGAGAUGGUGUCCUGACACCAACACCUUCCUCUUCCCUUGGGGUGAAGCCACCAUCACACUUGAAGACGUCAUGGUACUUCUAGGCUUCUCUGUUUUGGGUUCACCGUAUUUCACUCCUCUGGAUAGCUCAGGAGAGGAGAUUGUAAGGAAACUUGAGGAAGAAUGGGUCAAGCUUAAAGUCCAGUUUGUAACUAAACUCCAAUGGAUGGGGAGAUUCGUGGGGAGUAGAGGUGAGCUUGAGCAUGCGUCUUUCCUUGCGCUGUGGCUUAGCUACUUUGUGUUUCCGACAAGGUAUUGCCAUGUUGAUAAAUCUGUUUUUCCGAUUGCUGUUCAUCUUUCGAGAGGUACUAGGAUUGCUCUUGCUCCACCUGUUCUUGCUCACUUGUAUGCUGACUUAACUCUCUUGAAAGACCACAUCAGAGGUUUAGGUUCCGGUUUCAAGACAGUAACGUCAAACGACAAAGUUGAGUUGACUUCUUUGUUUAAGUUGGUUCAAGUUUGGACAUGGGAGAGGUUCGGUGAGCUGCGGCCCAACAACACUAAUCCGUUGCUUCAAGGUGACCCAAGGUUGUCUCUUUGGGAUGAACCGAUACAAAAGAGAAUUGCAAAGAGGCAUGUGAGGAUGAGAGCAAAGAGAGAUGUGAGGGAGAUACUGUCGAACUCGAAGAUGGACAGUUUUGAGUGGCGUCCUUACACAAAAGCUGUGAAGAACUGGGAGUUUCCUAAGUUUUACCCGGAGAAAGAAAUGUGGGUUCCUGUUGGUCCUAAUCUUGAUGAACAAUUCAUCUCCUUUGCUAGAUGCAUCAAGGUGUCUGAGCUUGUGGGAAAGGAUAGUGUGGAACACUACUUUCCCAACCGAGUGGCUUCACAGUUUGGAUUGCUUCAGGACGUUCCUUGUCGUCCUGUUAACAGGAACAACCUCUUCAAAGACGCAGCUUGGGAUGAGUACAACAAACCUAUUGAUGGAUUGAGAUUGUACAUCCCUUCUCGUUCUACAGUAUCUUGUUUUAGUUCAAUUUUUCGCAAGUGGUGGAGAAAGCAUAAGCGAGCUGUUGAAGUAGCUGAAUCAUUGGGACCAAGAAACAUCGUAGGUGGUGAUGAUGAUACAUCUGAGCCUGUUCCUUCUGAAAGUUCAGGGACAAACGAAUAUAAGGAGCACACAGAGAAUCCAAGAACACUCUUUCUUGUAUAUUAG